GCACACCGCCGGGGAGGACCUGCAAAUUGUUCCUGUUCCUGUUCCUCUUCCUUAGGUAUUGUACAUACGUAUUGUACAUACCUAACCCAAGCAACCUCUCAACAAGCAACCUCUUAACUUCUUAAAACCUCCGUUUCUUUCACCCCCCUACCAUUUUCCCACUUUCCACUACAGCUCUCUACCAAAACCUAGACCGACAAUUAUAAACUGGCGAUCGAGCGACCCCCGAACUCGCACAGUAUCUUAUCGAGUCUUCGUCUACAAACAGCUCUCAGACCUUUUUUUUUUUUUUUUUCUUACCAGGCCUCUAUAUUCUUCAUCACCCCUCCUCGACUACCCUCCCUUCUGACACGACAGCGACAGCGAUAACCCUCGCGUCUCUUCUUAAACCCCUCUGUUACUUUGUCCGAUACUACGGUCUAUAUCUAGUAACGAUGCCCUGCUUCAAGGGCAUCGCCGUGAGCAUUCAUGCGAAUUCUGCCCCGCUCCCAGAAUAUGGCAUGCAAAAGCAGUCUCGUCUAUCUCGCAUCAGCACAUACAUACCUGUUCCUCAACCUCAGCUAAACCCGGAUACCUCUAAACAUGAGGCAGCCAAGUUCGCCAUUUCGAUAACGCUCUUAACACCCGGCCAUCCCAUUCCCUAUACAGCUCCGAAACCGACUGCAGCCAAUCCCUACCCGAAGCCUCUCUACGCGGGACCUCUGAUAUCCACAGGCUCUGAUCCUUCCAAACAUGCCAACACAGUCGCACCGUAUAUUCCUAUGACGAAUUCGGAGAACGAAACCAUUGCUGCAUACAUCUACUUUGACGGACGAGCUAAGGAAGAAGUCGCCACUCUACUACGACCGGGAGAAGAGACAUGGGUAAAUAGUCGUUGGGUUCAAGUUCCAGAGAGCGAAGGUGGUGGCCUCGCCGAACGUGAAUUUUUAUUCCGAGAGGUCGGCUUGGAACGAUGGCUUAAUGGUCUAGAUCUCAAGGGCCACGAUGCCGCGGAGAAAGUCGAGAAACGAAGACAGAAGUUUGAGCGACGUCAUCGCCGCCAUAGGUCCACCCCUCACGGCGGUGACGCAGAAACGGAGAAGACCCCUCGUCCCCGCGAUACCUUGGCGUAUGGGGGAGAGGACCAGUCACCGGUAGCAACCCCUGAUGAUUCGGACGACUCUUCUAUGUCCGACGACGACGAACCCCCCGAGGCUACUGGCCAGAUCAAAGUGGCCAUGUUCCGCGUGAUCGCCUCUGGAGAGAUUAAGAAGGGAGAAUAUUCACCACAGUUCGAUGCCCACGAUGAUGAUGACGAGAGCGAUAGUGGGACCAAGGGGGGUAAUAACGGAGCGAUCGACGCCGACGUUGAGCAUACCACUAGUUUUGCUAAGCCCAAGACGCUCGAUCCUAAGACAAUCAGUACUCAGACCGUGACUGGCAUAGACGGACCGGAUAAGCCCUAUGCGGUAUUUACAUUCUUCUACCGUGGCCAACGUCAACUCAGCAAGAUGGGAUUGUUCCCCAGUUCAAAAGGCGACCAGAAGGCGCCUGGUACAAAGCGGCGGUCAACCCAACUCGACUUUUCAGGGCUCGGUCCUCUCAAAACUACUGGUACAGUAGGCUUUUCGGCUUUCCGAGACCAGGAAGCUGAAGCUGCGAAAAGGAGAAAGGCCCGCAGGAAGAGUAAUGGUGUCAACGGCAACCUCAUGGACGAAGACAGUGAUGACGAUGAUGAUAACGAUAAUAUUCCUCUGGUUAAAAUGGAAGAUUCUGACGAUAAGGACGUCAAGAUUCACCUAGCACCGGAAGAUGCCAAGGUUACUGGGGAGCUACAAGCCGGUAUCGAUCGUAUUCGUCUUAAGAGACAGCACUCUACAGAACCAGACGCUGCAGGUGCGUCGGGUUCUCAAAAGUCACCCAGCGCAGGUCCCACCGGCGGAGAGCCGACUCCUACGGAUUCUACGUCAAGCAAUCAGCCUAUGCCUAACUCCGUUGCAAAUCUGCUUGCGAAUGCUUUUAAUGGCGAGGCAACCGUGGGAAGUCCUCUAAAAAAGCAACGUGCAGAUGACGAGACACCAGAUCGUUCCAUCAAUUUCCCGUCGGCUUUGGGUGAUGUGUUAGGCAGAGCUACUGCGGAUCAGGAGAAGAGGAUAAAAGAAGAGCAAACUAAAGUUCACCAGUUCGGCGAAGAUGAAGAGCUUUAAAAGGGCUAACAAUUUUACGAUCCCUUUGACUGUUUUGAGGUACCACUUAAACCUCGUUAGCCGCAAGACCAGUUAACUUAAUUUGCUGCUUUAACUAUUUAUCGGAGCCGAGAGACAAGUCGAGU